GAAAUAAACCAUGCAACUAGUCACGGGAGCAAAACAGAAGCGCCAGUUUCUUUCUGGCCGAUGCUGAGAUAAAAAGCUGUAAAAGCUUCAUCUAAACCGACACAUCUGAUUUGUACUGGCGAGACUGGUUGCUGAUACUUCCCUCUACAGUUUCUGAGCAGAGCUGGAUAAAGGGCAGCCUUGAGCUGAAUGCGGUGAGUGAUUCUUAUCUCUCAGGUACAGCUUGCAGGACAGCUUCCAGAAACCGUAAAUCCCAGUAUGCAAAACAGCCUUGGUUUGAAUGGGAGGCAGUAGGCAGGCUGCAUAAUCUGGGUUGCAAAUGAAGGUGGCUACACUUCUUUCCAGUUUUUAAAAUUCCUGCAUGCCCGCUAGCAAAAGAGUGGUGUCCCUGUUUUAAUGGAGAUUUGUUUUUCUUUGCCAAAGGUUGGAUGGUACAAUGCUGUUCUCCAGCCAGCCUUUCAUCUCCCCUACCCAGAUGACACGCUGGCCUUCGUGGUCCUCAGCACACCUUCCAUGUUUGACAAAGCCCUUAAACCUUUUGUGAACAAAAAGUGGUUAAAAAUAAUCAGGGAUCCUGUGGAUCAAUGUGUUUCUCAUCAUUUGUCACAUGUGAAGGAGAAAUUCCCUGAGCAGAAGGUGGACGUCAUCUUUGAUUACGAGAUCCUUCCAAGCCGAAAGCCCAAGUUCUUGGCACAGACAGCUGCCCAUGUUGCUGGAGCCGCAUUUUACUACCAAAGGAAGGAUGUGAAGCAUGAUCCUUGGGGUAAGAAGAAGAUUUAUGGCGUAUGUAUCCAUCCCAAGUAUGGAGGUUGGUUUGCUAUCCGGGGUCUCCUCCUGUUCCCAGAUAUUCAGGUACCAUUCCUGGAACAGUCUGCCCCUGUUGACUGUGUGAACACAGAGGAGAAAAGAAUUGAGUUACUGGAGCAAUUCAAUUUCCACUGGCAGGACGGCCGCUACAGGGACAUCAUUGAAGUGAAGGAAAAGUACUCGGAGGAGCAAAAGGCGUACUUUGCUACUCCUCCAGCGGAGAGACUCAGACUGCUAGGGCUGACACAAGAAUCCUGGAGAAGCACAUUUCACUGAGUAACAUGGCUCCAUGGAGGGGCAGAGGGCAAGCAGAGUGGAACUCAUCAGUGCCUUCUUUUCCAUGGUGCUGAGGAGGAUGGUGUGCUGAUACAGAGAUGGCAAAUUAACUGGCUUAAUUUAAUUACAAAAGUAUUUUAAUGUCUCCUUAACCUCCAAAAGACAAAUCUCCAGAGAUGGUUUCACUGAGUAGCGUGGCCCUGUGUGUGGAGCAGGGGUGAGGCAAACACAGCCAACAGCAGCCGCCUCCUUCAGGGUAGUUAUGAAAGGGAAAGGGACAGUGCAAAGGCCACACCUCGAGUCUGAUGGGUUUCCUCUUCUCCCAGGGUCAGCUUCUCAGAAUGAGGUGACGUCUCUAGGUCAGUUCUAAGCACUUACCCGCUCUCUAGAGCAGCCAACUAAAAUCUUUGGAAAGGUGCUGAGUAACAUCUGUGUGAGUGGAGUUUUUACUCGUACUGAGUUAACUGACUGAAAAAGUCAAUUCCCAUGACCUUUUUCUAUGGUAGAGAAGGUUUGAAUUGAAAAUAUUUUUCAGUGCUGUGCCAGCACACGCCACAGUUUUACUGCCAUGGUUUCCUGUUGUACUUUCCAUAUGGUGGAGAUCGUGAACCUGCACGCACAUAAAAACCAUCGCAUGAAGCAUUGUCACACGCACAGGCAACCAAGCAGUGGAAAAAAGAGAGGAGAUAUUCGUGACGUUCAUGUUACCUGUAUUGCUGGAUGAAACGUCUUCAGACAGAAACAGAACAGGGUUUUUAGAUGGCUUUGUCCUGUUAGAUUUGUUCAGAGGUUACAAUGGCACCGGGAAUCAGGAAUUAAUUUAUCUUAGAGUACUUCGAGGCUCAGGCCUCAUUAAAAUAAUAUAUUAUAAUAAAUUAAAAUAAUAUUUUGUGGGAGUUCUGAUACUUGACUGCAGUGCAGUGCUGCAAAUCGCUACGCACUUUUUCCCUUUCCUUGAUAUCAACGUGACGAUGCAAAAAUACACUUUGCAGAACUGAGCCCUUUUUAUUUUACACUGUGAUUCUUCAUACCUUUUGGAGACCCAAACACUAAGGCUGCCCUCACAAUAAGUCACUGCUUGAUACAAUUUCUCAUAGUCCAUGUACUAACUAAGCGUAAUCGAUGUUCAGUGUAACAAGUUUGUUUUCCUGUGAGCAGUGAGCGUGUGAUCGCUGGGUUUGUUCAGUGUAUUUGCUGUUAUAAAAGAGUCUUUGUUGCUUUCCACACUUUGUUCACCACAUGUGACUUAGGCAGACACCUGACUAACUGUGUGGUAGUGGUAUUGUGAUUUUUAAUUUAAGCAAAAUAAUGAAAUUUGUUUAAAUUCUGUUCUUUUGUUACAGCGUUACUUCUGGUUGAAAUGUUGAUUGGCCUUCUGGAACUUUCCAACUGAACUGUAAUUUAACAGGGACUUGAGUUAAUGGUUCAUAUUAGUAACAUACAAAAUAAUGAUUCUCUUAGAAGGAUAAAUACAGAAUGGAAUCAGAUUUAUCUUUUUACAUUACAAUUUAAAGUAAAAUAUUUUGCUAUUUUUGGGUUGAUUUCUUAUAAAUAUUUAUAUUUUGACUUACUUCAUUGAUUAAACAGAUUACCAUAGCCA